AUGGUCGACCUCGUUGUAGAAGCAGGCGUAGCGGACACCUUGGAGGCACGAUUGGCUGAUGCGAGGAAACGCCACGCAGAUGGCGAGUACGGGACGAUCCCCUUGACGAUCGCCGAGUUGGGCAUCCGGGCGCAGUGGGCAACGGAGCACCCUUCCUGUCCUGCUUCUCCUCGACCGGUGCGGAACGAAGGUGGCAAAAAUGACGAGGUCGACGGUGGUGCACGAGUCAGCGGCAGCGAUGGCACGAAGAAGAGAGGGGUGAUCAAGGUCGACGAUGGCGUCGACCGGAGUCAGGCGCGAGUGCAGCGGUCGACGGCAGCCGCAGGCAGCUCGCGGGUCGAAGUCGAUGGUCGACGCCGCUCUCCUCUACGAAGCGGUGGAGGGCUCUCGACAACGACGCACGUGACGGCGGGCGGGAUCGCACCGGCAUAUGGCUACUUCAAGUUUUCGCCGUACCGAAUCACCGUCACACCACUGCAAGGUCGACGAGACCUCAUCACCUGGAGGGAGUUGAUAGAACCCCGGCUGGAGGUCGCCGGGCUGAAGGGCUUUGCCGACGGCACCGUGCCAAUUCCGCCCGAGGACGAUGUCGAGCUGCGCGGGGAGUUUCAUGCUGCUCACUUGCUCACCUUCAUGGUCAUCUCGAGGUGCUGCUCGCCGGUGGUGCAGCUAGCGCUCAGGUCCUGUCGAGAGCGACUAGACGCUGGUCACCAACCGGCGACGGACUACUGCAACCGUGCUGGACGGAUACUGGCUGAGAUGCGGAUGGCGGGCGUCGAAUACUCUACGGCGUCCUACAUCACCCAUGUCGUCAAGGGCCUACCGCGCAGCUACAACCUCAUGACGAGGAUGAUGAUGGUGCCCGGCACGCGUGAGUCCCUCGACGAGGACUCCAUCACUAGCUACCUCCUUCAAGACGAGGCUAUGCAAGAGGCACAGCCCACGGAGCUCCUUCCGCAGGCGAGUUACACUGCACCGACGAAGCAGAAUCGUCAGCAGGGGCAGCGCGGGAAGCCGGGCGGAGGUGGUAGCGGAGGUGGGCGGUCGACGAAGCCCGUCGACGAGAAGAGGUCGACGCGGGACAAGGGCCGUGGAGGUGGUGGUCGACGGCGGGAGUGCUGGAUCUGCCACGACCCCGACCAUCUCUCCUACGAGUGCCCCGACCGCGACGACAGCGACAAGGACGACAACAAGGGAGGCCGCGGUCGAAUGUCGAAGGCCGUGGCAUAG